GGAGAGUAGAUAACUAUGAGGAUAAAUUGACGUGACACGUGCCUGCUUAAGUGCUCGCUUUGGAGCGAAGAUGAAAGGCUUUGGACGCGCGAUGGAAAAUGGCGACGAGGAGCAAUCAACUGCGAAAAGGCGUCGGAUAUGUCGCAGGGAUGAGGAAAAUUUUCGUCCAGGAAGUAUUAUGGAGGUGGAGUUGGAGAAUUUCAUGACAUACACCAAAGUUCGAUCCUCCCCAGCCCCACGAUUAAACCUCGUGUUGGGACCCAAUGGAUCUGGAAAGAGCACCCUCGUCUGUGCCAUCUGCCUUGGUCUCGCCGGUGAUACAGCGUUUGGAAUGCCAACAGGGUCCACGAACACUUCCAAUUCAACAGGUUCUAGACAAUCUACAAGUCAAAUGGCGGGCUCGCAGUACAGCCCGUUGACUCCUCGCGAAAGGGAGAUGAGAGAGCUCCAGCAGGUCGAAAGGAUUCGUGCACAGUUAGAGAAGGAUCUGAAAGAGGCUACCGAUAGAGAAAACGAGAUAAAGAAUAGAACAGCCAGGCUUGAAACGUUAGAGUCUGACAAGGCUGACUUGGAGGGCUUAGACGAUUCAGGAAUGAAUGAGCCCAUGAAAGUGUUGAGGAACAACAUGCUGCUGCUGCAUGCGCAUGUGGACAGCAGAUUGGACUUCAUGCAGAGCACUUUGGACCAGAUCCUGGACAUCCUAACAAGGCCAGGAUUUAGGCCACCAGCACAAUUGUCGUUGCCGUUAUCGGCGAUGUCAGGCCCUUUUCCAGUUCAAGCUGGUUCACAACCAAGUGGUACAUCUGCAGCAGCCGCACAGACUGUUGCGUUUUCUUCUUCGGGUCCGGCGGUGAUUGCUACAUCACCAUCACCUGUUCAGCAAUCUGGACAGCAGCAAGGUCAAUGGUACCCCAAGACCCCAAUGAAACCGCCUCUUGCCUUCUCAGGCGAGAGGAAGGAUGAAGAACUCAACACAUGGUUGAGGACAGUCCCGGUUUGGGUAAAGGCCAAAAGGACCUUGCCUGAGGAUGAAGUGGUAACUGCGGCGUCUUACCUAGAGGGUAAGGCAGCCAAAUGGUUAGAUGGAGUAGUUGUGAAGGUCGGGUCAGUUAGGGAGCUUACGACUACCGUCGAAAGCCUGAUCCUCGUCCCAGGCAUCAACUACAGUGACCAGUUCCUCUUAACCACGUUUGUUAGAUGUCUACCUGAGAACAUGAGGAACUUACUAGCCAGUGAGGCACGCACUGAGUACCACUCAUUUGAGACAUUGUCUAGGAAAGCCUUAGACUUAGAAGCCACGCUAGGCAAUGCUCAAUCCACCUCAGGGAAUGACUCAAAGAAGAAGAAGAAUCCUCAGGAGAAGGGGGCAAAGUUGAUGAUGGUUGAGUCUGAUGGGACUCAAACUGAGAUCGAUGAGCUCUCUGACCUGAUGGACUACUCAGAGUAUGACGGCGAGGAGGUAGCUGAGGGUAGCACCCUCGCCGCGGUAGUAAAGACUAAGGCAGGUGGCCGAGGGAAGGGCCAACCUAGGAGUCAAGGGAAGGCCGCCUCCAAUCAGUCCAAACAGGCUGAGUGGGUCAAGAAGCCAUUCAUAGUGACCACUGACGCAAGCCAAUACGACAUCGGCGCAGUGCUGGCUCAACAGGAUGGGAAAAAGUUGAGACCGAUUGAGUAUAUGAGUAAGAAGAUGCCAUCGAAGAAAGAGUAUAUGAGUAAGAAGAUGCCAUCGAAGAAAUUGGCUAAGUCCACCUACGAAAGGGAACUCUACGCUCUCUACAAGGCACUUGUCCAUUGGAGACACUUCCUUUUGGGAAGAUUCUUCUAUCUGAGGGCUGAUCAUCAGACCCUCAAACGGAUCAAGACUCAACGGGCUCUUUCUGAUGCACUCAAGCGAUGGAUUGAGCUCAUAGACCAAUAUGACUUCAAGCUUGAGUACCUGAAGGGAGAGUACAACAAGGUUGCAGACGCGCUAUCCCGUAGAGCAGACUACCUAGGUGCACUAGUUUCCAAAUUUGGCGUAUCUAACGAAGUAACUCAAUCAUUGGUGGGAACCUAUCAGGAAGACUCUAUCACGAUGGACAUCAUCCGCAAACUUCAGGCAAAAGACAAGGCCACAGAAAGUGUGUUUGUGAUGGUGGAUGGGCUUAUCUAUCUUGAUAAUGAUAAGGCUGGAGUAAAGAGAUUGGUAGUUCCAUCUAGUGAACAGUUGCGUAGUUUAUUUUUAGGCGAAUGUCAUGACGCAACUGGGCACUUUGGCUACAAGAAGACGAGUGCUAACUUAGUACAGCGAUUUUGGUGGCCCAGAAUGCUAGAUGACGCAAAGAAGUAUGUUGAGACCUGUCAGGUCUGUCAGCGGGACAAGCCGCGAAUUCCAGCACCGCUUGGGUUAUUGAAGCCUUUACCCAUUCCUGAUGGUCCAGGAUUGAGUGUUUCCAUGGAUUUCAUGGACACCCUAGUGACCAGCAAGAGUGGUAAGAGGCACAUUUUCGUCAUCAUUGAUAGAUUCACCAAGUACGCUACACUAAUACCAAUGUCAGAGACAGCCAGGACGGAGUAUGUCAUCAUGUUGUUCAAGGCCAACUGGGUAAGGGACUUUGGUUUACCAAAGACCAUCAUUAGUGACCGAGACGUCCGCUUCACAAGUGAACUGUGGAAGAAGACUGCAGAACAGAUGGGCAGUCAACUUCAAACGACUUCAGGGAAUCAUCCCGAAGCCAACAGACAAGCUGGACAAAUGAGCAGAGUGGUACAGCACUUGCUGCGGCAUUACAUCAAGCCCAGCCAAGAUGAUUGGGAUGAGCAGUUGCCUCUCAUCGCCAGCUUGUACAACAAUGCUAUUCAUAGGCGUAGUGUUGCAAAAAAAGAGGUGGAGCGACUUGUUGAAGGCUUCAACAUUCAAGUGGGAAACCUUUGCCAGUUUCUACCUCAAGACAGAGUGUGCGAGUUUGCGCAGCUAACUCCGGUGAGGCUUCUUGAAGAAACAGAGAGGGCGGUGGGGGGCAAAGAGCUGCAGGACAAACAUAGAUUACUGAUAGAGAAAUGCCGUCAACUGAAGCUGUUGGAAACGACAGUUGUCUCUCAUACUUCUAAGCUAGAGAAAUGGAAGGAGGAGAAUGCUCAACUUGAAGGGGAUAUCUCCCGUGUAAAGCAGCGACAGGAGAUGCUUGCUGAGGUGGAUGUUAUGAAGAAGAAGCUGCCUUGGCUCCACUAUGAUGCACAAAGGCAACUCUUUGUCAGUGCAAAGGAGAGAGCUCAGCAAGCCAAAGUGCGCCGAGAUGAGGUGGCCAAUCAGGUCUUGGUGGCUGAGAAACCUUUGAAUAAUAUGAAGACUUUACUAAAGAAAGCAGAGGCAGAAGCAAAGAGGCUGAAGGAGAAAACCACAGACUUUGAGAAGAAACGGAAGAAACUGAUGGAUGAUGCAGAACUGACAGGAACACUCCAAGCCAAAAGGAGCGAGAUUGAUGAAAUUCGUCGAAAUGAGACGGCACGGAUGGAGAAGAUGGCGAAGUUGGAGGCUGAGGUCGCACAUGCUGAGCAGGAGCUUGCGGCUAUGCCCCCAAUUAUGAACCGUACAGCAGAGCUUGAAGACCUUUCAAAGCAGGCGAAGGAGCUGGAAAUGGCACUCAGAGAGAAACAGAGGGAGCAGCAAGAAAAGCAAGGGGAAACUCAGGCGCUUUACAAGAAGUUGCAAUGGUGCAGCGACAGACUAGAAGCUAUCAUGAACGCGAAGGAUCAGAGGUUGAGACUUUUAGCCCAGAGGUUGGAUCGACACAUCAUGCAGACAUACCAGUGGGUUCAGGAGAAUAGAGGAAGGUUCAGAGGAGAGGUGUUUGGGCCUGUUCUGCUUGAGGUGAAUGUACCGCAAAAGGAGCAUGCGCAGUACCUGGAAGGACACGUUCCGAAAUGGGUCUGGAAGUGCUACGUUGUCGACAAUGAUGAAGAUCGGACCUUGUUGAACCAUGAGCUGAAGGAAGUUCACAAUUGGGGUGUCAGUAUAGUGAAAGCAGAUUCUGAUGAUCAAGACUUGUACGCAAGAGUAACACAAGGGCUACACGUAACCCAAGAGAUGCGUGAAUACGGAAUCACUCACAGGCUUGACGAAGUUCUUGAUGCUCCUCAAGCUGUGAAGAAUGUUCUCCUUCAACAGGCAGCAGUGGACCAAUCUUUCAUUGGAACGAGGGUUGCUGACAGGAAUGCAGAGUCGCUGCACCGGUUGGGUGUGGGGGAUAUGUGGACUCCGGAUAAUCAUUAUCGAUGGACUCGGUCACGAUACAGCAACAAGUCAUCGUGCGCAAUGCUCCCUGUUGCACCGGCAGCCCUGUUCUCUCAAGAGCUUGCUGCAAAGGAGGAACAAGAAAUGCAGGCGAAGAAGGAGGAGAUCAGGAGUGACAUUCGAAGAUUGGAUGAUGGAUCCAACCAAAUCAAACAACAAAUGAAGGCAACUCAAGAUCAGCUGGCAGGUGUUAAUAGACAGAGGGAAGUUUUGUACGAGGAAACAAACAGUCAGAAGCGGCGUCAGCGAAUGAUGGAAGUUCAGAUAGAGCAGAAGAAGCAGAAAUUAGAUGGCAUGAGAAAGGAUGACUUUGCAGCUGUCCAGGAGCAAAGGGCAAGGAACGAGAUUAAGGAUGCAAUCAGGCAGAAGGUUAAUCAUGCUAUGGAUCUUGUGGCACUCGAGAUGGAAAUGAUGCAAGCUGUGAAGGCAUCCACAGCAAGUAGUUUGCGUGUGGCAGAGCUGGAGUAUCUUGCCAAGAGAAUGGCAGAUGAGUUUCGAGAGUGUAGCGAGGAGGGGAAUCGAGCUCAGGCAGAGUUUGAGGAAUGUGCGCGGGCUGCAGCAAGCCACCGUGAGAAGUUAAGGAAAGCAAAAGAGGAUGCCGAACAGGUGUGCAGGGUGACGACUGAGCUCCAGGAGAAGUUUGCUCAGUUGCCUGUUUCAGUGGAAGCACUUGAAGAUGCAAUUCAAGACACGGAGUACCGAGCAAACGCGAUCCUGUGCCAUAAUCCGAACGUUGUUGCUGAGUACGAGUUGAGAUCCAGGCAGAUUAAAGACUUGUCGAAGAAGUUGGAGGAGGAAGAGGUGUUGCAUCAAAAUGGCAGGAAUGAGAUAGAGAACCUGAAGAAUGAAUGGCUGCCUACACUACGAGAGCUGGUUGGCAACAUCAACGAAUCGUUUGGACGCAACUUUCAGGAGAUGGCCAUCGCUGGCGAGGUCUCUCUAGAUGAACAUGGGAUGGACUUUGAGAAGUACGGUAUCCUCAUCAAGGUGAAGUUCAGGGAGAAUGAGGAUUUGCAAGUACUCAGUGCGCAGCAUCAAUCCGGAGGGGAACGGUCUGUGUCAACAAUUUUGUACUUGCUGUCAAUGCAAGACCUCACGACAUGCCCUUUCCGAGUUGUGGACGAGAUCAAUCAAGGAAUGGAUUUCCAUAAUGAGCGGAAGAUGUUCCAGCAGCUUGUGAGAUCUUCUAGCAAAGCCAACACUCCCCAGUGCUUUCUUUUGACACCAAAGUUGCUACCCAAUUUGGAAUAUUCGCGAGCCUGCACCAUCUUGCAGGUCAUGAAUGGUCCUUGGAUUUCUAGCGCAUCUGAUUAUUGCAGGCGCAAUCAAUCCUCUCUCAUGACAAUAUUCUGAGGACUUCUGCUGUGUGGAAAAUAAAACAGAUAUUUGAUGUGUCUGGCGUACAGUGUUGGUAGGCAGAUUUGUCAAGCAAAAGGCAAAGGAUUUGAAGACUCCGAGAUUCUGGCAAACAGCCGACGGAUCGUGGGAAUGAGGAGGACAUGUUCAUGAAAAGGAGAGGAAGCAGGAAGCACGAGGACAGUGGGGGGAGGAGGAAGAAGAGAGUGCAUCCUUCUGCGUCGUAGCAGAGGCUGUUUUCAAAUUAUUUUCUAAGUUCUUGUGUGAGUUUAUUUAUCUUGGGGGGGGGGAGGGGGAGAGGGGGGGGGGGCAGCAAAGGGAUUGACGAAGGUGUAACAAAGCUCAGUGGGGUGU